GCCAUUUUUUUUUAAGGCAUUUUGUAUGUAUGUGAAUCAAGGCUGAACUGAAACGAAAAACUGUUCUUUUAUUUGUUUUCUUGAUCCUUAUACAUUUUUGUACCCUGUAUAAGUUUGUUUCUAUCUUGAUUUUUUUGCUUUCAUAAAGGCUACCGAAAUGUUCUUUUCAUCAUAACCUCGCUGCCUAAGUCUAUUCAGUUCUCAAGAUUGCUGUAUGAAUUUACCAAAAUAUGCUGGGCUCAACGGCAAAUACUGCAGCAACCAGUGGGUUCAGAGUGCUCAAUUGCAAAGUGUUCAUGCCACCAUAGACACUGGCACAACUAUGGACAUCAAUGGGAAGAAGCCCACCCCACUCAAGGAGAUAACACUUGUAGAUGUGAUCAAUGGGAUUUAGAUCUGGACUCAUUGCGCUUUGUUGUCAUCCAUUUCUGGGGGCUUUUUGACGUAUGUUUGGGGAUAUUGUCCUGCUAGAAGACCCAAGAUCUCGGACACAAACCCUCAAAUUUCAUGAUGCCUUGUACACAUUCAAGGCCCCCAGUGCCAGAGGCAGCAAAACAACCCCGGAACAUCAUCGACCUCCACCAUAUUUCACUGUAGGUGUGAUUUUUAUAUUGCCCAGACCCGUUACUUGCCCCAGAUCUCAGCGUAGAAACAGUCGAGUCAAGCAAAUCUAUUGUUCCCAAUGGAUCUGAACGCACGUGUGAGCUCGUACACUGAGGUGCUACAAGUUUGACAGAAGCCAUGGAAGCCACCAUUGGUACCACUGCUGGUAUAACUCCGGACAUGACUACAAGCAAUGAAUCUCUUCAAUCUCUGACAAGUGACAGCAUUGAUGUUACUACUAUAAGCAACACAUAUGAUUCCCCUAUGAGAAGAACACUUGAUAUGACUAAAAGCGUUGAUUCUGAGUCUACUUCAAGGGCAACUUUAGAAAUCGCUACCAUCGGAUUUCCUACAGGUGCUACAAGCUUGCCAGAAGCCCUGGAAGCCACCAUUAGUACCACUUCUAGUAUAACUCCUGACAUGACUACAUGCAAUGAAUCUCUUGAAUCCUUAACAAGUGACUUUGCUGAUGAAGAUAACACCAUUGUUCCUGAAUCUACCACAAGCAGCACUGAUGUUACUAUAAGCGACACAUAUGACUCCACUACGAGCAGAACACUUGAGAUGACUACGAGCGACGAUUCUGAGUCUACUACAACUUUUGAAGAUGCUACCAUCGAAUUUGAUGAAUUUACGGCAAAUGACUUUCCAGAAAUAUCAACAGGCAUCAUUGAUGAUACAAGUAAUGAUAUCGACGCCAAAACCAUCACAGAAAACCCAGAGUCAAAUACAGAUGGUGACUAUGAUGAUCCUACAAGCAGUGGUUUUGGUAUCACACCAACCUGGUUUUUUGAUGAAACUACAAACACUACUGAUAACAGUUAUACAACUAAUACUCUUUACAGAGUUAUAGUCUGGAUUAUUGCCCGACCUGCUACAACAACUAGUGUGUCCAAAACCACUGCAGUUACUAUUCCGCACCUCACUACUACAACAAAGGGCAUCCAAACCUCCACAAAAAGUAUAGCCAGCUCCUCCAAAACAAGCUUGCCUAGCAUCAUGAAGAGUACUAUCACUACAAGAAGUAGUACUUCCCAAAGUACUAAACACAUAGAUCCUAAUAGCACGAUUACAUCUAAAAUCACGGCCGUUACUUUACCAACCCUCAGUACUUCAACAAUGGGUACCCAAACCUCUACAAACAGUAUUUCUAGCUCUUCAACAACCCGCUUCCCCAGCAACAUGAGAAGUACUAUCACUACUAGUAGUAGCUUUCCUUCCCAAGGUACUAAACACAUAGAUCCUAAUAGCACAACAAUUACUACAUCAAAAAUCACUCCAUUUACUUUCCCAAACUACAGUACUACAAGCAAUGGUAGGCAAACUUCUGGAAACAGUAUUUCAAGCUCUUCCAAAACCAGCUUCCCUAGCACCAGUGUAAGUACCAUCAGCAAUAGAACAAGUGGGGCUUCCCAAACUACUCAACUUAGAAUUCCCAACAGUACAACAAUUUCCACAUCUAUUCCUACUAACGUUACUACUCCACAUCUCACUGCUGCCUCCAAGCUUAUCCAAACUUCUACAAACAGUAUUUCCAACUACUCCAAAAAUAGCUUCCCUAGCACCAUGAUAAGUACCAUCACCAGCAGAACAAGUGGGGCUUCCCAAAUCGCUCAACACAUAGUUCCAAGUGCUACAAUUUCCACAUCUAAUCCUACUAAAGAUAUUAUUCCAUACCUCAGUACUACUUCCAAGCUUAUCCAAACCUCUACAAACACUAUUUACAGCUCCCACCAAACCAGCUUCCCUAGCACCAUGAUAAGUACCAUCACCAACAGAACGAGUGGGGCUUCCCAAACCGCUCAACACAUAGUUCCCAACAAUACAGUAAUGAAUACAUCUAGUCCUACUAAAGUUACUAUUCCGUAUCUCACUACUACCUCAAAGCUUAUCCAAACCAGUAUAAACAGUACUUCUGGCCCCUCCAAAACUAGCUUCACCAGCACCAUAAGUGCCACCACCAACCGAACAAGCGAGGCUUCUCAAACUACUCAACACAUAGUGGUUCCUAAUGGUACAAUAAUUGCUACUUCUAAAGUUACUAAAAUUUACAUUCCUAUCACCUCUUCAGUGAGCACACAAACAAUGUCUACGAGGAAAGCCACAAGUACCAACGCAGGCAACGCUAGUACCACCACCCUAGUACCAACCCUAAAACCUCCACGUUUGAUUAGUAGCAACAUUGAUCAUGAGAGCUGCAGUCCCACUCUUAUCUUGCUUUGCUUUCUUACGACAUGCUUCACAAGUCUUUAUCAGUGUCAUUCAUUGCAGCUAUUUAACCAGAGCGGUCAUUGCAAAACUAUUGGCGCCCUCAUAGGUGGUAGAAGAGCCACUGGAUCCUAUCAGGCACCAGAGCGUCAGAGGGACUGCAAACUCUGCCGACAAUUUGGUGCACUUCUGGGCAACCUUAGAUGAUGAAGUGGGAUUAUGGCUGUCAUUUACAAAAACAUACAGGUAUAGUCCGGUACCCUGAAUGCCAAGUAAAGUUAUUAGAAAUAUAUCAAUUGGGAAAUGUUUUUUUGGAAGUAAAACCAACCUGGUAUAUUAUUUUGAGCAUCAGUAAGAGCAAAUAAAUAUACCACUUUGAAGAAUUGUAGAAGCAAAGAAAAUGU